UGUGGGCGGCCACGGGCUGCUCCAGGUCCAGGGUCAGGUGAUGGGGAGCAGGCAGUGGGGAGCUGCAAGGAGUGCUCAGCAGCAGCACGCAGGAGCCAGCGCAGUCCUUGCAGUGUGCUGCGGGCUGGGCCCACAGCUGCACAUGGCUCCUGGAGGUGGAGGUGUUCGGUCAGCCCCCACAGCCCCUGGAUGCACACGGAGGGGAUGUGGGCUUGGGGCAGCCCUGCACUCACAAUGCGGCAGGGCGAGUGGUUCUCGUUGACGAGCCGCUGCAGUGCCAGGCGCUCGAUCAGCUCACAGGGCAGCAGGGCAGCUGCCACAUCCUGCUUGUUGGCCAGGCUGAGGCAUAGGGAGAGGUGGUCAGUCCUGGAGCCAUCUCACUACAUGCUCCCCAUCACUGCUGGGGCUCCCACUCCUCCCCACAACCCCAAACACUACAGCCUUACAGCAAAAGAGGCUUUCCGGAGACAUCGGGGUGACUCAGGACACGGCUCAGAGCCUUGCGGGCCUCCUCCAUCCGUGCCAGGUCGCUGGAGUCCAGCACGAAGAGCAGCCCGUCGGCUGCACUGUAGUGGCUGCGCCAGGCACUGCGGCAGCGCUGAGCUCCGGGCAGCUCCACCAGUGUCACCUCAAACCUGUUCACCCGCAGGCGGGUCUGGCCGGGCUGUGCUGCAGGCAGCACCUCGCUGGCCAGAGCUGUGUGUGGGGAGAGGGCUGUGGUGUGAGAGCACUCCUUCCAUGCAUACAUCCCUCCUCCUGGCCACAUCCCCCCCCCGACUUGCAGGAUCCCCAAGGCCCAGCCAACACUCUAUUCCCCAGAGCAGCAAGCUGAUUUCUUUAUUUCAUGGAACACAACUGGCACAGCCCAGCCGAGAGGGAUUUGUGAGGCACUGCUGCUGGGAUCCUGGGCAUUGCAUCGCCUGCUGCAGCUCACAAGCACACUAGGCACAAGCAAGCAUCACGCUCCCUGUGGGACCCUCCCCAGAGAAGGCCAUCCUCCCCACCUCUCAUGAUGUCCAUGAUGACGGAGCUCUUCCCUGAGCUGUCCAGCCCCAUGACGAGCAGGGUCACUUUCCUGGGGGCAACACCAAGUACUGAGCAUCAGGGCUCCAUCUGAGCCACUGUCCUCAGCUAUAAUGCUGGCUGCCAGCUCUGGGGCCUCUGGGUGAGGGAACAGCUUUACUUUGGCCAGGAGAGCGGCAGGAUGGUGCCUGGGGAGAGGGUGAGGGCAGAGCUACCAGCGCCAGCACCUGGAGCAUCCUGGCACUUUAACAGCAACAGUUUCCCGUCAUAUGGGGUUGGGCAAUGGUACACACAGGGCAAAAACAUUGUUACUUAUACUGGAGCAGUUAAUGAUUUUUCUUAGUGCUUUUCCGCAUUGUAGCUAAACCAGAGAUAGCAGGGACAUUCUAUCAGCCCAGACCCAAGAGAUUUUUCCUGUUCCUCAACAGUCAUGUUUGGUCUGCAGUAACACACUCCAUCAUCUGAGCAUUUCCUCUUUGGUUUACAUGUCAACAACAUGAGUCAUUUUCACCUUAAACACAAACAAGAGCCUGCGUGGGCAGUGAGCUCCACCUCCAGCACUGCAGCACCACAUUGACACUGCUGGGAUGGAACCAUAAACCCCCACAUUGCAAACAUCACCCACCUGCAGUGCUCCUCCCAAGGGCUUUAAAACCCAGCUCCAUGGCACUGUGUCCCUUGCCCUACAACUUGGGGAGCCCCGGUGCAGCACCCCGGUGUCCCUCAGCUGAAAGCAGCAUGGAUUUACCUGACGGGCUCCUGCACGGCCUGCAGCCAGGUCCAGCAGUGUGAGAAGAGGUGGAACAUGCUCUGCGCUGUGCUGUGGGCGCCCUCAAACCCAGCGGCCCGGCGUGGCCCUGUGCUCUGUGCCUCCACUCACACCACAAACUCACUCCCCUUGCAUCUCCUUUGCGUAGCACCUGCUUAAACCUAAUCUGGAUUUACGUGAUUUAUUCCCUGCAGCCUCCCUAAUCCACACAGGUCAGCCCAGGCUGCUGCAUGCUGUUCCUUCGUAAUAGUUUGGAGGCUUCCAGAGCAGAAUCAGCACACAGCUGGGCAAUGCUUGGCUGGGAGCAGGGAGGUGGGGGGGCUGUGAGAAGCACCCAGUGUUCUACUGGAGGUACCAGGCUGCUCUGCACACCCAUGGCUGCUCCUGGCCCCGUAGAUGCCUGUGCACCUCCAUGUGAGUUUGUUGCCUGAAGCAGAUGGAGUCUGGGUGAGGAUGACUCAGGGCUGGACAAUAGUGACAGUGGGGAGGGAGAGGACCAAGCUUCAGCUCCUUGAUCUGCAGCCCCCCAGUGCUUAUCUGGCUCCUUGUGUUUCCUGUUGCUUCCCACAGCCAUGGCUGGUUCGCUGCAGGCAGAGAGAGGCUGGACAGGGGGGUGUGAACCAUAGCAGCUCAGUGCAGAACAUGGAAUCCAGAGGGAUGAGGACAUGAGAUCUGCCAAAAACCAUGCCAGGAAGUAUAGGCUGCAGGUGGGAUCCACGCUUCAUUUCUCAGCACCAGCAGCCAUACAGCAGCUAUACCAAAGUGAGCUGGGGUUGCAGAGGUGAUGCCAAGCAUCCCAUAGCACUCACACACUGGGGCACUAGCAUGGCUUUCCCCGGAAAACCCUGCAGUGGGGCACAACACACUGAGACAUGAGGGUGGGGCAAUGCCAGGCCCCAGGUCAACGGCCCAUGUGGGCAGAGAGCUCACAGGAUUAAUGAUUGACAGAGGAAGUUUCCGUAGUCACUGUGGCCAGGCACAGCCAACAGCAGUAUUCAGGGCAAUGGUGUGCCUGCAUGCUCCAUCUCUCUGGCAGCACCCCAGCCUGGCUGAGGUGAGCAGGUGGCACCCAGAGCUGUCACAAACACCGAUUAAAUGAGCAUUAGAAUCUCAUUUCUGGCUGCCAGCAAGCAGCCUGCCUCCUGACAUCCACACCCUCACUGCCUCGCAUGUGUGCUCAUCACCUCCUCCUACAUGCAUGGGUGCAGCCCUGACCCACUUCCCAGGCCCAGCGGUGGCUGUGCCCCUGUCUCCUGCUGUCCCCCAGCCUGGGGGUGCUGUGACUGUGUCAGUGGUCCCUCCAGUAUCACAGGCCCCCGCAAGAACAUGACAUGGCGAAGCCCUUUGCAGAAGGAGCUGCGCCCAUAUCACAUGGACACACUGGAGGUAGCAACCCCCAUGCACCCAAGGCAUGGAGGACACCCCUCCUGAUGUGCACACCUCCAGAAAAACCUCAAAAAUGCACCCCAGAGCCCAGUGAAACCUGCGGGUGCUGGGAAAGGGCCGAGCCCUGAGCAAUGGGCGUUCUGCUCCACCUGGGACGUGGUGUGGCAGUGGCUCAGGUUACAGGGCUGGCAGGGUGCCCGCAGCAGGCGGCCCAGGGACACACGUGUCCCCUCUCCCUGCACGUCCUACAGCACAGGGACACCCCUCGGCAGUGCCAACAGGGGACCCUUGGGAGCCGUCCGAGUUUCCUUGGUGACUGUUGCCAGCCCAUUGGAGAGCAGCAGGCAAGGGAAGGAGGUGACACUACAGAGACCACGGAGAAGUGUGGAGGGACACGGGCUGUGCUGUCACGGCUUCAUGGACCCCCUCGGGAUGAUGGCGCGGCGGGGCUGAGCGGCGCCGGGGCCGCGAUGGACGGCCCGGGAGAGGGGCAGCCGCCCGCCGCCGCCCCGUCGAGGGCGAAGCUGCCGCUCGGCAUCGUCUUCUCGACGGCGCUGUUCUGCGGGGAGAGCGCGGCGGCCGCCGUCCUCUGCUUCUCCUACAGCCACUCCGACGACCGCUUCUGGCUGGCGCUCACCAUCUUUUUCGUGCUCUGCCCCUCCGUCCUGGUGCAGCUCACCCUUAUCUUCGUGCAUCGCGACCUCAGCCGCGACCGACCGCUCGUCCUGCUCAUGCACCUGCUGCAGCUGGGGCCCGUCAUCAGGUGUGUGGAGGCCCUGGUGGUGUACUGCUGGUCGGGACAGGAAGAGGAGCCCUACGUCACCAUCACACGCAAGCGGCGGCUGCGCAAGGGCUAUGAAGUGGAGCUGGAGCAGGAGGUGGGCCAUUCGGUGCGCCGGCUGGCCACCCACCGCAACGCCUUCAAACGCAUGGCUGUCAUCCAGGCCUUCCUGGGCUCCACCCCACAGCUCACCCUGCAGCUCUACAUCAGCAUCCUGGAGAAGUAUGUCCCCAUUGCACGAGCCAUCCUCAUGGGCAUCUGCCUGGUGUCGGUCACCUAUGGGGCGCUUGUCUGCAAUGUCCUGGCCAUCCAGGUCAAGUACGAUGACUACAAGGUGCAGCUGCGGCCGCUGGCCUUCCUCUGCAUUGUGCUGUGGCGCAGCCUGGAGAUCUCCACCCGUGUGGCUGUCCUGGUGCUCUUCAGCACCGUCUUCAAGCACUGGAUCAUCCCCAUUGCCUUGGCCAACCUGCUGGUGGUCUUCUUCCAGCCCUGGGUGCAGUUCUGGCGCAGUGGCACGCGGCUGCCCGACAACAUCGAGAAGAACUUCAGCCGGGUGGGCACGGUGGUGGUGCUGUUUGCCUUCACCCUGCUCUAUGCCAGCAUCAACAUGUUCUGCUGGUCGGCUGUGCAGCUCAAGUUGGCCGACCGGGACCUCAUUGACAAGUCACAGAACUGGGGCCGCUUGGCUGUGUACUACGUGGCCCGGCUGCUGGAGAACACGGCACUGGUCGUUCUCUGGUACUUCUUUAAGACUGAUGUCUAUGAGAACAUCUGUACAUUGCUGCUGGUGGUGCAGCUGCUGCUCGGCUACUGCCUGGCCAUCUACUUCAUGCUCCUCUUCUUCCAGUACCUGCAUCCGUGCCGCCAGCUCUUCCGACACAACGUCGCUGAUUUCCUGCACUGUGUCUGCUGCCGGCGGACCCUGGAUGGUGCAGAGCUCCUGGAGGCACCACAUGAACCUGGUGUGAGGCACAGCAUCGUCUGAAGCACAGCCUGGGAACAUGGACAAGGGGCUGUGGUGGCAUGAGCCAUGUCGAGGUCUCCACGGUGCUGUAGUGGCUGCACUGUAAGUGCUGGUGCCCUGCACUGAGCACUGGUACGGCCCCAUGGUGUCAGGGGACAGAGCAUGCCAACCGCCUGGAACACACACACAAGGGACAUAUGGGGUGUGCAGACCCCAGUGGGGCACACAGCAUUGGGAGCUUUGUCCCCGCCCUGCUGUGACCCCAGGGAUGCUGCUCCGGGUCUGUUUUGAGCAGUAAAGAAACUUUGCUGUGGCUCUGCAUCUGGGUGCUGGCAGGCAGCAGUGACUCACGUGGGUGGGGACUGCCAGGAUGGGGUCAAACAACAUGCGUGCACGCUGCCCACGUACACUUCAUUCAUACUGCACCUGGGCAGGGGACCAAGCUAUGUCCCUGAGCUGGGGGCUGCAAUGCAGGCUCAGCAGCACAACCCAAUCUCUCCCAGCUGCUGCAGGCUUGCACUUGUCCCGCGAUGGAGCCGAUAAGGGGCAGGGAGGCUGAGGGCCUCUUCCUGCUGCUCCACCAGCGCAGCUCUGGCUGUCAGCUGGCAGCAACCCCAGUUGUGACACAGCGUGAUCUUACCUAACUUGUUCCUCUGGCCACCAGGUGCCAGCUGCCAUGCUGGCAUGAGAUGUGGGUGCUGUGGUGCUGGACAUCGCAGUGUCAUGAUCCUGCUGCAGUGUGAUCCCCCAGCAGCCAUUUAUAGAGCUGUCACUGCUGAGGGUGCUCAGCAUCACUGGGUGCACAGCUGGAACAUGCUGCCUUGGUGUGCUGAGCCCUGGCUGGCUCCUGGCACCAACACAGUGGCACUGCUGUGCCCUGGGAUGCCUCCCAUCUUCUGCAGUUUUUCUUGUGAAAAGUCAUCAGGGGAGACCAGGGAGGGUCGUGUUUGCCAAGCAGAGCCCUCUCCAGUUCCCUGCCACCAGGAAGUUCCUGCCUUAAAAAAGCACGCUCUGUCCCCAAAUGCUACAGGGGAGGGGAGAAACAGGGCCGUGCCCCCACGUCCCCCUCCCUGCUGUGCCACCUCCACGUGGGACCCCGUGGGACCCCUCGCAAGCCUCCCCGGCACCUCGCCCUGCCGUCGGGGCCGCGGCUCCGGGCUCAGCCGGCGUUCCUGGAAGGAGCCUUUGAAACCCUGCGGCAUUUCCUCCAAGACACCGUGGGGGAAAGUCCCCGCAGCGCCGUUCCCAGGGCCGGGGCCGUUCCCGGGGCUGCUGCCUCCAUAAAACGCGGGCGGGCGGCAGCGGGCUGCAUUCGCUGUGGGCGGACGGAGACAUCGCAGUAUGGGCAACUGGCUGGUCAACCACUGGUUCUCGGCUGCCGUCUUUGUGAGUGCGUGGGGCUCAGGCUGCUGGGGGGCUGGAGGGGCUGGGGGGAAACUGGGAGCUGUCCGGGUUCUGCCAUCCACGGAGAAACAAAGAACUCCUCUGUAUGAAUGAAUGGACACAGCCCCCGCUGGUGGCUGCAGAUCUCAUGUAAGGACUCCUAGGCUGAAAGGAAAGGUGGACCCCAAUGCUCAGGGGUUAUUUCUACCCUAUCUGCCUCUUCCCACUCACAACCUGAAGGUCCAAAAUCCCCAAUUGCUCACAGUGAAGUAGAGAAGCAGUUCAUCCCUCCCUGCGGCAUCCAAAACCAAUGGAUGGAAAGUGCAAAACUUGAAACUGCCACUGCUCUGCUCUGCUGCUGCAGGCAGGGAGGAUCCCACUCGGGUUUUCUCCUCUCAUGGAGCUGCUUGGUGCCGGAGGAGCUGCAGCACCCACAGCACUGCUGCAACAGCAGGAGGCUGCAACGUCUGGGAAACGGGGGAUGUGGGGAUGGGUGCAGGAAAUUGGGAUAUUUGUAUAUUUUAAAUUGUUAAAGAAAAAUAGAACUCAGGGCAGAGUGGUUUUGGGAACUCUGCAAAAAAUGCAGCUCCAGUGCAGUGCAGAGCAGUGUAGGGGAGCGGGGCUGUGCUGCAGGGCUGGCAGCAUGGUGAGGACUGGCAGCUGCAUCCCUGCAGCAUUUCCUCCUCCCAGACCUUUCCGGUUCGGUAUCUGCCCCAGGCCCUUCCCUUUCUCAGCAGCAGAUAUUUCCUUUAUCUUCCUUUCCUCAUUCCUUGUGCAUGCAGAAGGAUGGCAGUGACAGGACAGUUAUUUUGCAACACUCCUUCCCACCCUUGUUCCUGUGUCCCAUCUCACCCGUGAUGCCUCAGGAGUAAGGGAGUGGGAUGGGAUGCACUGCGCUGAUGCCCUCUAUCUGUGCCUGCAGCCAUGUGCUGCACGAUGAGAGGUCCUGGGGCUGGAGUUCCUCACAAUC